UUGUAAUUUCUAUAAUCUCGUCUUCGCUCUCCGUUUCUGGAAAAAAUUUUGGGUAAUGCUUCGAAGCAGAGCUAAGUAAUCAAAUUCAAUCAAGGUCUUCAACAAGGUUCUUCUGCAAUUGCUUGUGCGAUUCGAACCGUUUUACGAGGAAGGAAUAUGGGAUCUUGUUUCGUCUGAGAAUCUUUAUGCGACAACUUCCGAGGAAACCCCUCUCCCCCGGCUAUCGAAUCGUCAACUUGGGGAUCUUGACGCAGAUCCGAAAUGGAAUCUACUGUUGUCGGAACUCUUGCAAAAUCUUCUGCGAGUUCUGAUGGAACAGCGUCGAACUCGCCUGAGAUAUCUGUUCUUUUAGGUGCUAUUGAGAACUCUGCGUCUACUCCUCAGAUUGCCUAUGGCCUUUUGAAGAGUCUGUUACACUUGUUACGAGUUUCACGUGGGAAUAUUCUUUCUUCGUUUAAGACAUUAAAUGGAUCUUCUCGUGUGCUCGGAGUAGCUUGCAUUCAAGCUCGGGAACUUAGAAGGUCAUGUAGUCUUGACCCUUCGGUAGAGAGCAGUGACAGCAAAGUUGCUGUUGUUUCACCUCAUGAGAAGUCUGAUUCAAGUCAGGUGGAAGAAAGUUGGUUCAAAUGCAUGGAAACUUGCUUGUGGAUUUUCACAGAAUUUUUUGCAUCGUCAGAAGAUGCAAAAUUAUCUGUUUUGCAUUCGUCUUUUUGCAUUGAUUGUCUGUUCGAACUAUUUUGGGAAAAAUCCCUCAGAAGCCAUGUGCUACAACUCAUUAUUAAUCUCCUGAAGAUCACGCCGCUGUGUGACGAAGAUCAGAGAGUGAAAUUACAAGUAUGCUCGAAAUAUUUGGAAACCUUUACUCAAGUAAAGGAAAGAGAAAUGGACUUUGUGGAAUUAUCUGUUGAUCUAUUGAAUGGUAUGACAGAUUUGAUCAAGACUGAUCCUGUGUAUUACCAAGCCUUAUUUCGUGAAGGGGAAUGUUUUUUACACGUUGUGUCUCUGUUGAACGGUAAUCUUGAUGAGGACAAUGGAGAGAAGUUGGUUUUAAAUGUUCUACAAACUCUCAAUUGUCUGAUUGCAAAUAGCGAUGCCUCAAAGGUUGCAUUUAGAGCCCUUGCUGGCAAGGGUUAUCAGACGCUGCAGAGUUUAUUGUUGGAUUUCUGCCAAUGGAAACCUAGCCAGAGGCUCUUAGAUGCACUACUUGAUAUGCUUGUUGAUGGAAAGUUCGAUGAUAGAGGAUGCGCUCUCAUAAAGAAUGAAGACGUUAUCAUACUUUAUCUAAGUGUGCUCCAGAAGAGCAGCGAGUCUUUGCAGUACCACGGGCUAACUGAUAACAAUAAGAUUUUUCCAUGA